GUCAGGAGAGUCCGGGGCCGGACCGCGACGGAACGUUCCUUGUGCCGACCAGCGCGCCGAUAAGGGGCAAAAGGGCUAAGAUAGUCUACAAAUGCAACGCCUGCCGCAGGAGGUUUCACAAUCUAAGCGAAAUGAAGAAUCACAACCGUAGGCAUCACACAGGCCUGUCCCGGCAAUGUCCCCAUUGCGCUCACCAAGCCAGGUCAAAUGGACAGUUGCGCGUUCACUUAGUGAGAAAGCACCCUGCCAUGUUCGCAAGGGAGUGGCCGUCGUGGCAGACGCCGCGGCGCUCAACGCCGAGGUCAGGGUCCCCACGGCCCACCCCGACCUCGCACGGACACGUCUACACGGCCCCAACGGCCAGAACAACGGCCGGCCUAACGGCCAGCCCAACGGCCAGCCCAACGGCCAGCCCAACGGCCAGCCCAACGGCCAGCCCAACGGCCAGCCCAACGGCCAGCCCAACGGCGCCAGUAUAACGUUUAGCCCAAUUGUCAUCCCAAAGGACAGCCCAGCGGCCAGACAAACGGCGGUGAGCCCAACAGCUAGCCCGUCAGCCAGCUCGACGGUCAUGCCAACGGCCAGCCCAACGGCCAGCCCAACGGACAACCCAAGGGACAACCCAACGGCCAGCCCAACGACCGCUUCGUUACGCUUUAUGCGAUCUGGUCAUGAGAGCACAAGAUCGGAGGAGCCUUCGGACCGCCACGAAACGUUCCUUCUGCCGACCAUCGCGCCGAAAAAGAACAGAAAGUCGAAGAAACUCAACAGAUACAGAUGCUACGCUUGCUCCGCAUCAUUUCACGAUCAGACCGAAAUUAGGAUUCACAACCGGAACUAUCACAAAAACUUGCUUUGGAAAUGUGGCCAUUGCUUUUACAAAGCCAAAUCAAACGCUCAGUUGCGCAAGCACUUGGUUAAAAAGCACCCCGACAAGUUCGUUGAAGAGCUGCCGUCGUGGCAGACACCGCGGCACUCAACGGCCAGCCCAUCGGCCAGCCCAUCGGCCAGCCCAACGGCCAGCCCAUCGGCCAGUCCAUCGGCCAGCCCAUCGGCCAGCCAAUCGGCCAGCCAAACGUUCAGCCAGGCCAGCACUAUAGAAUGUAUAACCCUGGACUGAGUGUCUAUCAUGCAGUAGCAUGUCACAAAUAUGAUUAAUAUGAGAAGAACCGGCAACUAUUUGAUAAAACGCGCGGUGCAAUAUGGAAAAGAUGCAUACGGCCAAACGGACUACGUCUCCGAGGAGGAGCAAAGCGGUGCGGAAGCUGGUGGAUCCUAUGAAGACUACUUUGAAGAUCACGACGGUGAAGGUCACGACGGAGAGAUGUGGACCACGGAGGAGGAGGAGGAGGACGAGGAGGACGAGGAAGAGGAGGACGAGGAGGACGAGGAGCUGCGUCGCGACGCGCUCUACGUGCCGGGCAGCGAGAGGCCGGUGCGGGCCCCCACGGCCCCGAGGAGCUACUUAUGCCAUGCGUGCGAUGAGAUCUUUGUCGGGAAGGGCCCAUUACUGGAACAUAACCAGUGGACCCACAAGGAGGUGGGCUACCACUGUCGGGGGUGCGAGGGCGUGUUCAGGAGCAACGCGCUCCUGCAUCUCCACAUGAAGGGCCGCCACCCCCACAUGACAGACAAGCCGCGAGCACUGCAGCCGCCGCCCAGCCCACCCAGCCCGCCCACCUCCCAGGUGCUCCCCGCGGGGGCCAGGCCCGACGAGAUCGUCGCCGUGGCCAUGGACGAGUCGUCGCAGGCGUACUGCCCUCAAGGUCCGUGGAUGGAAGGGUUCUCGGAGUCCUCCGCCACCGUCUGCCUCUCGUGCGACGAGACGCUCGUGGGUGAGGCCGCCGUGCAGGAGCACGACGCGACGCACCACUCCGGGCGCUCGACGCACAUCUGCCCCCACCCGCGAUGCAGCCGCCGGUUCGACCGGAACCAACAGGUGCAGCAGCACGUGGUGGCCGAGCACCGGUGGAGCGAAAACCAGCUGCUCCCCGACAAACCCGACCCCACCCCCGUGAGUGAGGCCGAGCCCCCGGCCGAGCCCCCGGCCGAGCCCCCGGCCGAGCCCCUGCUAGUCAGAGCGCGCAUUCGGGAGAGGCUGGCGCAGGUCCUUGGCUCAGCACCGUAGAGACAUAAGGGUGUCCGCAAGCUCAGGUGGAGCGGGACCGGUCGGUCGAUCGGUGGUUCGGCAUUGGUUGGUUUCUUUGCGAGGCUGGUCAAUCACGGCCGACCGACCGACUGACCGAUCGACCGCUGACCGAACGAUUUUUCGGACACACCUCGAGCUGAGAGAAGUGGACGUAGCGAGCUGCUUCGUGGCUGGGACUUCCCCGCAACCGCACGCGACACGCGAGUGCGUGUUGGUGAGGGAGAACAGAGAGAGAGGGAGGAGAGAGAGCGAGAGAGAGAGAGAGAGAGAGAGAGAGAGAGAGAGAGAGAGCGAGAGA